AUGCUGUCAAUAAGGAAAAGUAACGUUUACGAUCUUUUGUCAAUGCAACAGUGCAAUAGCAUAAAUUUGCCGGAAAAUUACAACUUGAGAUAUUAUUUUUAUCAUGCCUUAUCAUGGCCAUCAUUAAGCCAAGUAGCUGAGGAUGAAAAUGGCAAGGUUUGUGGAUAUACACUAGGAAAGUUGGAAGAGGAAAAUGAUAAAAAAGGUCAUUUAACUUCAGUGGCUGUUUUAAAAACUUACAGAAAACAGAAACUUGCGUAUUAUCUAAUAACGCAGACGCACCAUUAUGUAAGCAAUAUAUACAACGUCGAUAAUAUUUGUCUGCAUGUUCGAGUAAGUAAUCAUGCAGCGUUGAAUUUGUAUUAUAAUUUGUUAAAUUAUAAAGUUAAGGGAGUUGAACCGCUCUAUUAUGGAAAUAAAGAAGACGCUUACUUGAUGGAACACCGGUUUGAUAAAUAG